GCCAGCUCCGGGCGGAAGCGCCCUGCUUGGGGAGAGGCCGGAGCAGAGCGGCGCGCGCUUGGCGACCGCCCGGGACAGACAGGAUGGGCAGCAGCUCGCUGUCCGAGGACUACCGCCUGUGCCUGGAGCGCGAGCUGCGGCGCGGCCGCGCGGGCGUGUGCGGGGACGCGUCGCUGCGCGCCGUGCUCUGGCAGAUCCUGGUGGAAGACUUCGACCUGCAUGGGGCGCUGCAGGACGACGCGCUGGCGCUGCUCACCGACGGCCUGUGGGGCCGCGCCGACUUGGCCCCCGCGCUACGCGGCCUGGCCCGAGCCUUCGAGCUGCUGGAGCUGGCCGCCGUGCACCUGUACCUGUUGCCCUGGAGGAAAGAGUUCACCACCAUCAAGACCUUCUCAGGGGGCUAUGUGCACGUGCUGAAGGGUGCCCUCUCGGAGGACCUUCUCAUCCAGAGCUUCCAGAAGAUGGGCUACGUGCCCAGGGACAACCACCGCCUCACGGUGACCGCCCCACCCCCAGCCUGCCAGCUGGUGCAGGUGGCUCUGGGCUGCUUCGCCCUGCGACUGGAGUGCGAGAUCCUGGGUGAGGUACUGGCACAACUGGGCACCAGUGUGCUGCCGGCCGAGGAGCUGCUGCAGGCACGGCGGGCCAGUGCGGAUGUGGCCUCCUGUGUGGCAUGGCUGCAGCAGCGGCUGGCCCGUGGAGAGGAGCUGCCACCCCUGCCCCUGCGGGGCUCCCCAGCUGUGUACCGGGCCCAGCUGGACCUGUACCGGGCCCUGCAGGAGGACGAGGGCUUGGAAGAGGCCAGCCUGUAUGGAGGGCCUUCUCCCGGCCCAGGCUCGCCAUCCUCGGAGCUGGCCUCGCAGCCUCUGCUCUGGGAGCAGAGUGCCAAACUGUGGGGUGCUGGGGGCGACACCUGGGAGCCCCUGGAGGAGGCUGAGGUGUCGCAGCAAGCCAGUAGUCCUCCCUACGGGGCCCUGGAGGGAGAGCUGGAGCCCGAGCCUUUCUCCUUCGUCUCGCUGUGCCGAGAGCUGCCGAAUCAGCCAGGGGACCUGGCCGCUCCCAAAGCCCCCAGGAGCCCUGGGCGGGCCGGCCCCCAGCAUGUGCAUGGGCCCAUCCCCGAGCCCGCCGGCUACCAGGCGCACAGCUGCCUGGCCCCUGGCGCCCUGCCCACCCUCUGCUGCGACACAUGUCGCCAGCUGCACGCCGCCCACUGUGCCACCCUGCCUGCCUGCCGUCUGGGCCACGUGUUGCGUGCAUUGCUCAGCGACACCCAGCGGCGCCUAUGGCUGCAGCGUGCACAGGUGGACACCCUGCUGUAUGACAGCCCCGGGGCCCGGCCUUAGGCCCAGCCAGGCCCUGGCCAAAGGCUUUCCAGAGUCCGUCUCUGUGGUGCUUCUCGGGACCUCAUUCGUCCUCAGGCCUGGGCCACUGCUGCCCGGGAUGGGGAGACAGCCCCGGCUCCCAAGCAGGAGGCAAGGUCUGGCCUUCUGGGGAGAGCGCCCAGCUUGAGCACCCAGACACAGACCCAAGCCCAAACAUGCUGGGUGGACAGGUCUAACCUGCAUCUGUCGUCACCAGAAUCUGUCCCGGGGAUGAACCCUCAUCCCCUCACCCCUUCCCCCACCCCACUGUAAGAGCCCAACACUCAGCUUAUAGCUCUUGACCUGCACUCUGCAGGUUGUGACUUGGGACUUGCUAUCUCCGUCCACGUGUCCAAACAGUUGACACCGAGCCCUGAGCUCCAUGGGGUCCAAUCUGAGGGCCCUGCCAGGUGCAUGGCUGACCUGGCUGUGGAGACAUGGCCCCUCCCUGGGAGGGUCACAGGCCAGCACUGAAUGAGUACCAGCUCAAGGCUGGGCCACAUGCCCUGGUCACAACUGCAGGGAGGCUGGGUCAGUCCAUGGAUGGAGACCAGUAAGGUGUCCAAGCACCCCAGAGAACAGGCAGCAGAAGGCAGGUGCUGACCGUCUGGGCAGGCUAUCACCCCACUCUGGGCAACCGGCACCCCAGUACCCUCCCUGCUCUGCUCCCUAAUGUGCUGGCUUUGGAAGGUGUGGGGCACAGUCUUACAGGCUUCCCACCCCAGGUCCAAUGGGAAAGGCCUGGCCGGGCUCUCAACAGCCACCACUGAGGCGGAUUGCCAAGGCCAAGGCAGGCGGGAGCAGCCUCUCCUCCCUGGGGUAGGCGGGGUCCUAGGAACUACUAGCUCGCAGACUGGAGUGGGUCUGCCUGCCUCGGCCCAGGGCAGGUGCCAUCCCUGUGCUGCCUCUCCUCACCAGAGUCCUGCCCUCGUCUGUCCAUCCCAUCUGUCCUUCCCAGCACACGUGUCAUAGGACAGAACCCCAUAGUACAUUAAAAGACACUGAACCCAU